AUGUCCAAGGUCCGCAAGUCCCAAAGCUGGUAUAGGUCCUGGCCGAGAAUCUCUAAGGCCUCACCAUCAACAUCCGUCACCCAGGAGAAUAUAUCUGGAGGGACUGUCAGGUCUGGUAGAGCACCUGAUCUCAGCCGUUUUGAACACAGCAAAGACGGCGAGACAUACAGUACGGCCAGUCGUGGACGGAGCGGAUCCAGCGCAUCGCGGGGUCCCGAGAACAGAAUGCAUAAAACCGACGAAGAUGGCAAGCCUGCCGAAGAGGAUAACAGCACCGCCAACGCCCCAGAUCAUCAUGGGAACGCUGCAGAGGGCGAGGCUCCCGAUGCGACAAAUAACGAUGAGCCACUAGCCGAGUCCAGUACGUCGGCUGCUACACCAGACGCUCAUGCUCCUUCGACAGGAUGGCUAGGAUGGUGGCCCGGGAUUCCUACCGUAGGUACGCAACGGGGGUCUGAAACGAAACCAACGUCAGUUGAGAAGGAAGGUUCGGAAGCCGCUCCUCCUCAAACUAGUACACCCGCCGCACAAACAACCCAACCGGAUGGCCCCAGCGUCGAGGGGCAGAGGUCAACAUCGUGGUUUGGGCUGUGGUCAGCGGCCAACACACCGACACAAAAAAAUACAGGCCCUGGCGAGCCCACGCUCGAGGCUGAACAGGCCAACCCGACCAGUGAGGAUGUCGCCAUGCCCGAUGUCGAACAGCCUGCCCAGCAGCAACAACAGCAGCAGCAGCAGCAGAAGCCAGGCCCGGCUCCAAAAGCCGGCUCCACAUGGGCUUUCUGGUCAAGAGACUCUCCUAAGGACAAGGGAUACGUGUCCCAGGAUGAAUCAGGCGAAAUUGCAAUCAUGGGCGAGGGCUCCGAGGCGCAUCCACAACCCAUGACGGAGGGCGAAAUGCCGCCGCCGAAUGAUAUCAAGAACAAAAAGGGCGAACAGGGAGGCGGCAUGCUAACCUGGAGGAGGACUAACAAGAGAAAUCGGCCUCAGUCGAUGGACAACGAGGUGCCAUCGCCUUUCCCAUCCGGGGCUUCAACACCCCAGGCUCAACCUCCUCAACAACAGCCCGCCACCAUGCCAGCGCCGGCACAAGCCAAGACUGAGAGCUCAAACAAAUCAACGACCGAGUCGGAAACAGCGACAAAGGGACAGAAGAAUCUACUGCUCCCUUCCUUCUCUAGUACAUACCAGAUGAAGCAGAGCCCAUCUAUUCUCAAGCAGAUUUCUCAGCUCGUUCUGAGAUCACAGGACCCUCCGGUGAACCACGUAUUUCGUCUCAAGGACCCUCCCAAGAUCCGGAAGGCCAUCUCCAUAGGUGUCCAUGGACUUUUUCCGGCAACAUACCUUCGUCCGAUGAUUGGGCAGCCGACGGGAACAUCGCUGCGGUUUGCCAGCCUAGGUGCCGAGGCCAUACGAAGAUGGGCGGAGAAUCAUGGAUCUCCGGACUGCGACAUUGAAAAAGUGGCACUGGAGGGCGAGGGCAAGAUCAACGAGCGGGUGGAAAACCUAUGGAAGCUCAUGCUCAACUGGACGGAGCACAUACGCCAGGCGGACCUGAUUCUGUUCUCGUGUCACUCGCAGGGCGUGCCCGUCAGCAUCAUGCUCCUUGAGAAGCUCAUCGACCUGGGCAUCGUAACCAAGGCCAAGAUUGGCGUCUGUGCCAUGGCUGGCGUCUCGUUGGGUCCGUUUCCCGAGUACAAGUCCGGUAUACUCAUGGGAUCGGCGGCGGAACUAUGGGACUUUGGCAAACCGGAAUCGGCAAAUUCACAGCGGUUCGAGGCAGCGCUAAAGCGUGUGCUGAACUACGGCUCGCGCAUCACCUUCAUAGGAAGUAUUGACGACCAGCUGUCGGCCGUCUACUCACCCGCAAACCAUCCUUACAUCUACCGGGCCGUCUUCAUCGACGGACGCAUCCACGCCCCCGAUUUCAUCUCCCACCUGGUGGGCUUCGCGCUCAAGCUGCGCAACCUAGGCGUCACGGAGCACGGUCUCAUCCGUGAACUGUCCGUCCCCUUGGCGGGCUCCCUGUACAGCGGCGAUGGCCACUCGCGCCUCUACUACGACGACCAGGUAUACGAUCUGGCCAUCUCGCACGCUCUCGAGACGACGACGGCCCCCGGCCAUGGCCAGAAGAGCAAGGAAAACCAGCACCCAGAAUGCGAGAUCCGCCGCCACGGAGGCGCCGUGCCCAGCGGCCAGCAGGGACCCAACCAGCCGUCGGCGCAGCAGCCCAACCCUUAUGUGCUGCCGUGGAUCAUGCGCGGUCUUCUGGAGGAGGAGUUUGUCAAGACGGAGCUGAGCCAGGAGGCCCAAGAGCUCCUCAGGCAGUUUGACGACUGGAGACCUGCUAACAAGGCGCUCAAGGAUGUUAAGUAUAGGUUGGAGGCGGUGCGGUCAAAGCUGUAG